AUGUGCUCAGUUGAGCAAAGUUGUUGCUUUGUUGCGUUGACUCAAAAUUUGGCGAAGUCCUUUUCCUCCCCUGUGUCAGCCUCGCCCAUCGCAACUAUGAGCUCCUCAAGCGACGAUGAAAAGCCUCUCGUCUCUCUAACUAAUGGAAAAUCGUCUCACAACCAUCUAAAUGCUGGCGCCAACCCCCGCAAGGCCAAUGGCAAGCGUCGCCUCUCGUCUUCCAGUGCUUUAACGGAUGAAGAGCGCCCUCCUACGGCAGCAAAUGGCGCCGUCGCGAACGGGCAGAAACAAACUAAAGCUAUGAAAGUCGAGGAUUCGUCUGAUGAUGAUGUUCCGCUUGCUGUCAUGACCACGAAAGUCCCUAUGCCUGGUGCCCAUGAUGCCAUGGUCGGUGCCACAUCAACCAAGGCGUCCCGCAGAGCAGCUGUGAAAUCCUAUAAGCAAGAAUCCGAUGACGAAGACGGAAUGCCCCCGAAUUCUUCCAAUAUCAGCCAGGAAGAGGACGACGAAGAGGACGAGUCUAACUCGUCUGACGAUGAGCCAUUGGUCAAGAAGGCUACCGUCCGGAAAGCGCAAUCCAACGGUACCGCAAAACGGCCACAAAAAAAGAGAAAGAAAUCGGAAGAGACCAGUGCAGGUGAUACAGACACAGAGGUGGAGAAGCCUGCACGUAAACCCAAGGGUCCCCCAAAGAAGAAGGUCAAAAAAGAGGAAGAGGACGUUGAGAUGGAGGAUGGAACUCAAAGUUCGCCCACGAAGAAGCUGUCAAAAUUCUCUAUGACGGUAACUACCAGCACCUUUUGUCCCCUCUCCAAUGCUGACACAGCAAUAGGCAAGCCUGUGGAUCUUCCGCCUGAAUCAGAAGAAGUUGCCAGCUUCUUUGCAGCAAUGAUCGAUACAGACCACGCCCAAAAUGCUACUUUCCGCGCCAACUUCUUCAAGGACUGGCAGGAAACUUUGAAAGAGUAUCCACCACGCAAUGGCAUCAAGAUUAAAGAGUUGGAUAAAGUAGAUUUCCGUCCCAUGGCUCUUCAUAUAGAGACCGAGAAGGCUAAAAUAAAGAGGAUGACUAAAGAAGAGAAAAAAGCAGCCAAGGAGAAAAAAGAAAAGGAUGAGGCACCUUUUGCUACUUGCAUGUUAAAUGGCCGACCAGAGAAGAAACGUGUACGUCCAGAAGAUAUCACGAUCAAUAUUGGCGAAGGCGAGCAGGUCCCAACGCCCGGGAUGCCUGGUCAAUGGAAGGAAGUCAUUCACGACAAUACUGUCACUUGGCUCGCGAAUUGGAAGGAAAAUAUCAAUGGACAGACCAAAUAUGUCUUUUUGGCUGCCACGAGCUCCAUUAAAGGCAAGAGCGACCGUGAUAAGUUCGAGAAGGCGCGUGAACUGAAGAAUCAUAUUGAUCGUAUACGACAAGACUACCAAGCUGAUCUCAAGUCAAAAGUCACGGCGGACAGACAACGUGCUACUGCCAUGUACCUCAUCGACAAAUACGCCCUUCGUGCGGGUAAUGAAAAAGGAGAAGAUGAGGCAGAUACCGUUGGUUGCUGCUCACUUCGUUUGGAGCAUAUUACUCUGGACAAAUCUGGAUUAGUCAUCUUGGACUUCCUGGGUAAAGACUCCAUUCGAUAUUACAAGGAAAUCGACGAUAUCGACCCUCAAGUGUUCAAAAACCUUCGUCUAUUCAAAGCUGGCCCGAAGAAAGACUCCGAUUCUCUCUUCGACCGAGUGACUGUGAGUCUUACGGCCAAGGUUUUCCGUACCUAUAAUGCUUCAACCACUUUCGAAAAGGAGCUUCUCGGCUUUGACUUCAAACCUAAUGUUUUGCAACAAGAGAAAGUCAAUGCUUACAAUGCUGCUAAUAAAAAGGCAGCCGAACUGUGUAACCAUCAAAAGGCUGCAUCCAAAAACCAUGCAGCGGGGAUGGCGAAGAUGGCCCUGCAUCACCAAAGGAUGGGCAUGAAACGGGAGCUAUUCCAUCUCGAACCCAAGAUGAAGAAGAAGUAUUCGGAAUGGGCUGAACCCGAGUCUGAACUUGAGGAUGAAGAACAAAUACAGGAAUUUGAAGACCAGUAUUAUGAAGAGAAGAAGAAAGAAUUGACAGAGGGAUGGGAACGCUCCAAGAAGACAUUGGAAGAGACUGGUGGGACCGCCGAGGAAAUUGCCAUGCGGAAGGAAAAGGUCGACAAAAAGCUCGAAGAGGUCGAAGCUGAUUACAACCUCUGGGUUAAGCACCGUAAAAAAGCUGGCUACUCUUUCAGAGGAAAAGAACCUGAUGAGACAAAGGAGUAUACUGCGGACCAACUCGUGAAGUUGAUCGAGAAGCAGACUGAAAUGAUCAACAAAACAAAGUUGAAACAAACAGACAAGGAAAACUUGAAGACCAUUUCCCUCGGCACCAGACCUGCAACCCUUAUAGGCCACUUUCGACUCACCACAUCGUUUAUCCUCCCAGUUUCAAACCAGCUUUGCACCGACGCCCUACGCUCUGAUAUCACAGAAAUUCUCCCCGAUUCCUGGAACCAAGAGGAUGUCUUGCCACUUUCUGGGCCGUCAAGACAUAUUUGGAAUUUAGAAGACUACGCAAAAGCGUCAAUUAUGCACCUGGACCAAACAUUUUCUUCUCAGCUGCAACGACGAUCACCCGUUUGCUACCCAACAUCCCUGGGAUUAAUCGAACAGCCGAUUGCCUUUGGAGACUAUGGUCAAGAUAUCGUCGCCCCUAUUACGUUCUAUCCUUCCCCCAGGGUAUCAUUUCAUGUGGGUGAUGCAGAUGCAAUCAAGAUAAUCAACCUAUUCGGCUCCAAUAUUUUGUCAACGGAAGGUGAUGAGUGGCGCAUGCAUCGUAAAAUUGUUGCCAAAUCCUUCACCGAACGAAACAAUAAGCUUGUUUGGGAACAGACUAUCAGUACCGUCUUGGACUUAUUCACGACAUGGGAAAGAGAUGGCCGGUUAGGAAAAGCUGAAGAGGAAGGUGCAUUGAAAGUAAACGAUGUAGCAAGUGUCAUGAGAGAGCUCACGCUGAUGGUUAUCAGCGCAGCAG